UGUUUUAUUUAGUCAGCGUUCCAGCACUGUCAUGGCGGCGGCAGCGACACCAACGGCUCCCGAUCAAGCACCUAAAAUGCAGGUACCGGGGCAGUUACCCUUUGACCCGUCUCAGGCCCCGGUUAUCGAAGGCUUCACCCCAAUAACGCUGAGCAAAAAUGAGAGCUUUAAGGAAAAGUUCUUGAGGAAAACCAAGGAGAAUCCCUUCGUCCCGAUAGGUUGUGCAGCAACAGCCGGAGCGCUGCUGUAUGGUCUUCGUGCCUUCCACCAAGGAAAAACCAGACAGUCCCAGCUGAUGAUGAGGGGUCGUAUUUUUGCUCAAGGCUUCACCGUAGUCGCCAUCAUCGUUGGCAUCUUUACCACGUCGUUCAAACCAAAGCAGUGAAAACGAACGAAUCUCACGCUUCUUGAAAAGUGUCCAUUCACUCUGGACUCAGUCCAGAUCCAUUGUUGAAUUGGCCUCUGAAUAACUGAAUGAUGUGUAAUGUAGUCAGCAUUGUUCAGUUACACAGCCUAUUUAUAGUUAGUUUUUUUU